GCAAGACAGAGAGGACCAUCACCUUACAAGUGGGUGUUCGAUUGCGUUCAGGCAAGACCACGCCCGCACUUUCAUUCACUCGCUCUAGUGGUUCGGAAGGAGGAGUCGUGCGAUUGCCGGCGAGGUUCACCGCCAGCCCAGGUCCCCGGCUCUGCAGUUGAGGUGUCAGAUUUCAAUCCUCCGGGGCCCGGGGACGUCUGGCGUGCCCCGUGCGCCCCGCCGCCGCCGCCUCCCAGCCUUAGACUCGGGCAGCGAGCGGAGGGAGGUUCACUCCGGACGCGGCCGCACACUCGGCCUGCCGUAGACCCAGGCUGGGCGCCGCGACCGAGGCUGCUCCCGGGCUGCGCGGGCUGGGCGCGCGGGGAGGCGGCGAUCGCAGUUGGGCCGGGACUUCCUUCCUCCACCGCAGGACAACAAAACAAGCCGGCCGCAGGCACCAAGCUCUUGGCGACCGUCUGGGGCCGGAGGCGCAGGGAUGGGCUCCGUGCUGAGCAGCGAUAGCGGGAAAUCCGCGACCGCCUCGGCCACCCCACGGGCCCUGGAGCGCCGGGGGGACCCCGAGCUGCCCGUCACGUCCUUCGACUGUUCCGUGUGCCUGGAGGUGUUGCACCACCCCGUUCGGACCCGCUGUGGCCACGUAUUCUGCCGUUCUUGCAUCGCUACCAGUCUAAAGAACAAUAAAUGCACCUGUCCUUACUGCCGGGCCUAUCUUCCUUCCGAAGGAGUUCCAGCAGCUGAUGUCGCCAAGAGAAUGAAAUCCGAGUUCCGCAAUUGCACCGAAUGUGACACUCUGGUUUGCCUCAGUGAAAUGAGGGCACACAUAAGAACAUGCCAGAAGUACAUAGAUAAAUAUGGACCAUUGCAAGAGCUUGGAGAGACAACGACAAGGUGUGUAUGUCCUUUUUGUCAGAAGGAAUUGGAUGAAGACAGUUUGCUGGAUCAUUGCAUUACUCAUCACAGAUCAGAAAGGAGACCUGUGUUCUGUCCGCUUUGCCGUUUAGUACCUAAUGAGAAUCGAAGCAGCUUCAAUGGCAGCUUAAUAAGACAUCUGCAAGUCAGUCACACUUUGUUUUAUGAUGAUUUCUUAGAUUUCAAUAUAAUUGAGGAAGCUCUUAUCCAAAGGGUCUUAGACCGGUCACUUCUGGAAUAUGUGAAUCACUCGAACACCGCAUAACUGUAUUAAAAGAAAAGAGAAGGAGGCCGUACAAUUGCACCAUUUUUUUUUUUUUUAAGAUGCUGCUUGAAAAAUCGUAGGGAAGCUGUCAAUGUCUGAUGGGCAGAAAAGUGUACAACACAUUCUAAUGUUUGUCCGUGUUUAUUGUUGUAUUGCAUUUUAAAACUGCUUUCACUUUGAUGACUUAGGUCUGUUUUAUGUUCUUGAGUUUCUUAGACACUUAAGAGCAAAAAAGUCUCCAUCUGCCAUUAAUACAUGAAAGAGAAUAUGAGGCUAAGUAUGUGGAUGAAGAAUCUUUAUUUGCAAAUCGGAUGACGUUGUGUGUAAUGCUACAUAAUGAUAACUACUCUUAUGAUUGGACAAGAUAACUAAUCUUUGUUCUAUGGAGAGUGAAACAGUGUGGACACUCAAGGAAAUGUGAGAUCUGUUCCAGUGCUCAUGUUCUAACAACUAAUAGAAUAACACCAAUAACCUUGUAUGGGAGUAGGAAAGGAAAAUUUUGGAAGUCAACAACGAUCAUUUAACCAAAUCUAUAACAUAAUACUGUAACAAUACUGUAAUUUCAUGUUAGGAAUGUAUACUUAGUGCUUUGACUUUUUAUAACUAUACACACAUAAGAAUUUAAUAUUAUAUUUUUCAAAUAUUUGUAGCUUAUUAUUUAGAAAUAUUUCUAUAAUAUAGGCAACUUCUUAAGAACCAUCAGCCGAGAUUUACAGUAGAAGUAUUCCCAUCCAUAAAUUUUAGUGGAAAAUCCUAAGGGCUUUGAUUUUUUUUUUUAGUUUUAUCUUUUAGAAAAAUUAUGAAAUAAACAAAUACUGAAAACCAAACAGAAGAUGUAUAGCUUAUUACAUUAUUGUAAGGAAACAGUCUUUUAGAACUCUGCCAGUCACCUUGGAUGUCCUCUGUGUGUCCUAUCAAAGUUAACAACUCUCUUCCCCAGCCCCAGAGAAGUAACCACUACAUUGAUUUUAACAAUCCUCACUUCCUUGUAUUUCUUAGUUUAUCCCCCAAGUCUGUAUCUCUAUACUAGCUUUUAAUCUUACUCACUUAAAAUUGCUUUGUUAACUAUCUCUCUUAAUGUCUCUUUUUAAUCUGUGGGUUCCCCCUUCUUUCUUUCCCUUAAAAUUUAUCUGUUGAAGAACCUGGUCUUAUACAUACACAACUGUCUGUAUUUUGUUAAUAGUACACUCAUGGCUCAAUUCAGCAUGUUCUUCUGUCAUCUGGAUAUGAUACAUGGAUCCAGAGGUUUGAGCAGACUCAGUUUCAACCUUUUGACCAGACUGUAUAGAUCAUGGUGUAUUCUUUCAACAGAGGGCAGAGAAUGUCUGGUUCACUCUUUUUGUGAUGUCAGCUGAAAUGAAUAUGCCUAGAUCCACUGAUUUGUUGUGGUUUAGAGUUUCUGUCAUUUCUUUUUCACUUAUUAGUUGGAACAUUUUUAUAUAUAAAGAGAUGUUGCUCCCCCUAUCUACUGUUUGGUUAACCAGUGGUCAAGUUCAUAGAGGAAAAGAAAAAUAAAUACUUGAAUCUUCCCCUUAAUUUAUCAGUUUUCAGGCUAAUAAACUUGUUUUCUAUCAUCCUCUGUACAUCACUUUUUUAAGUGUAGUGAACUCAUGGAUUCAAACAUACUUGAUGGACUUCAAUCCAUUUUGAGUAUAGCCCUAUUAAAGCUCAAAUUGUCCUGUUUUUGGUCAUUGGGAGCCUUAUCAAGUUGACUCUGAGUCCUUUUGACACUAUUCUAGCAGUCUUUAAUGGUUUCCUUGUAGUCUCCUGUGACAAGAUAUUUCAGGCUCAACGUGUAUGUUUUCUGCACCAGAUCUGGAAUCAGCCAUUUCUCUUAAGAAGCCUGGUUCCUUUCAGUGAGAAAUAGUGCUUCAAAACCAUAUUUGGGACUGUCAGAUUUGUUGUGGCUAGAAUGGUUAUUGUUUCUAGGAGAGAGCUAAGAAAUACCUUUUUAUUCUCUAAGAUAGAACACUUCAUGAGUUAUUUUGAUAUUUCCAAAUCAAAUUAAGUAUUGCAAGGCUUUUGCCUAAUCCUUUCUAUUAGAGUUGUGUCUUUUAUUUUUCUGUACGAGAGUCCAGAUUUUCAAGGAUGUAGGAAUAUCCCACAAUUAUUGGUUUUCUUCAACUGCCUUACAAAUGCAACAGUCUCAGAAUAAUAGUAUUAAUAAACCACCACCAUUAUGAUAGCUGGAACAAUUAAAAAUGUUUUUCGUUUGUUCUCCCCAAUCUCCUAUUUUUUAAAGUUGCACUAAAAAAUAAAGUUGUACAAUAUCAACAUUUUCAGGCAAUUCCCUGGUGGUCCAGUGCUUAGGAUUCUGUGCUUCCACUGCCAGGGACCCUUGUUCAAUUCCUGUUUGGGAAACUAAAAAUCCCAUAAGCCCAUGGCACAGCCAAAAAAAAAAAUUCAGAAUAUACUGGUGUAAUUUACAAUACUCUCUCCCUUCUAUCCUCCAUCUAGUCUUUAGUUCUUCAAGUAACUAAAUGUUUAGUGCUUGCCACCACUCCUUUAUUUUGUCUUUUGCAUUGUUUUGAGUUUUAAAAUAGUGAAAUGCAACUCUUAUUCAUUGUUUCACUGUGCCUUUAACCUUUUAUAAAAAAAGAAUUUAUAAUUCAUUGUUUUAAAAAAUGAAAACCAGUAUUUGAAGCUUUUGAUUAAUAACAAAAAUCUUGUUCUUUUUUUUUUUUUUUAAUAGCACCUCAAGAUGCCAAUGUUUCAAGGCCUUUUGAGGGAAAAACUGAUUCAUAUAGGAUUCUUAAAAGGCUAAAGUCUUCAAAUUUUACAAAAAGCUAUGGAGAUUUUCCUUUAACGUGCUUUUUCUCCCAAAGGAGUUCCAUUUUUCAUAUUUGGCUCUUUAACAACAAGUCUGGAUGUGGAAUAUUUCCAUCUUGAAAGCAAGCAAAGAAGUUAUAAAGACUACUGAUUUCAACUCCUGAGGAUAAAACAUUAUUUGAUUAUAGUUAGUUUCUUAAUUGUAAUUGUUUAUAAACUUCUUUAUUCCUUAUGCAUAAAUGUAGUCAUAGUCACAUUCCUCUAAAUUUUCUGUAGUAAAUUUUCCAUUACUUCUUCAAAACCUUGUUUACUGUUCUGCCAUCCACAACAAGGUGAUGAGAAAAGCAUAAACCUGGAUGAAAUCUAGAGGCCUUAUUUCCUCCCUUUUACUCUUUUUCUUUUAACUUAUUUGGCUGCACUGGGUCUUAGCUGCAGCACACAGACUCUCUAGUUGCAGCAUUUGAACUCUUAGUUGCAGAAUGUGGGAUCUAGUUCCCUGACCAAGGAUCAAACCUGGGUCCUCUGCAUUGAGAGCACAGAGUCUUAGCCACCGCCAGCGAAGUCACUUCCUCCUGUUUUAGAUACUGGCUUCAAGUUUGCUUUUCACAGCUGCUAACAACUGACGGCAGAUUUGAAGUUUCAUGACCUCUCUCCUGCAGUUUGGAUGGGUCAUCCAAUAAAGCAGAACCUAUUGGGCAACAAAGACAAAAGGAGAGGAACUUCCCAGAGAUAAUCAUUAGAUUGAAAAAUCUCGUCCCCGAAAAAUAAAAGAAUAUAUUUCUGAGUAUUAGUACUUACUAACCAGAAAAUAAAUUUUGGUGAAUUCUGAGCAAUACAAAGGUAUCCUUAAAUCUGUAAAACAUGAAAAAACUUCCAAACUUAGAAACUGUAUUGUGAGUAAAGCUUUAAGUCACCUGCCAUUGUUAAACCUCAGUACAUCAAUUCUGCAUCCUGUCUCUCGGUUCCUCUUAUGAUAAGUUUACCCCCUUGUUCAGCUGCUGGAUCAUGUCUGACUCUGCCACCCCAUGGAGUGCAGCUCUCCGGGCUUCCCUUUCCUUCACUGUCUUCCGAGGUUUGCCCCCUACAGGACAAAUGAGGUGCUGGCCGCCGGAAUUAUUUUGUCUUUUGCAUUGUUUUGAGUUUUAAAAUAGUGAAAUGCAACUCUUAUUCAUUGUUUCACUGUGCCUUUAACCUUUUAUAAAAAAAGAAUUUAUAAUUCAUUGUUUUAAAAAAUGAAAACCAGUAUUUGAAGCUUUUGAUUAAUAACAAAAAUCUUGUUCUUUUUUUUUUUUUAAUAGCACCUCAAGAUGCCAAUAUUUCAAGGCCUUUUGAGGGAAAAACUGAUUCAUAUAGGAUUCUUAAAAGGCUAAAGUCUUCAAAUUUUACAAAAAGCUAUGGAGAUUUUCCUUUAACGUGCUUUUUCUCCCAAGUUUCUAAAAUGUAUGUUGAGAAAUUGGGUUGCAAGUCUAUGAUGAAGAUACUUCUAAGUCAGAUCUCUUAAAAGGUCUUAGCUCAAAUGAUAUUGCUUUAUUACUUUUACUGGGUGCUAAAUGUGUUGUGUUUUCAAGUGAGCUUAGCAACAGUUAUUAAACGUGUUUAACAUAUAAUUAGUACCUUCGAUUAGCACUGAAGUGACUUUUAAAGGUCACUAAGAGAUUCAUCCUUUUAUUCAACUGCAAAAAAUCUGUAUAAUGAUCAGAAUUUAAAAUGUACAAUUCUUUUUCUUCUGUAAAUAUGUAUUAUUGUGAGAAAUAAAGAAUGGCAGGCCCAUUGCUUUCAUUAAAA